AUGGUUAAACCUAGACCUAAGCAUGAUUCUUAUGUCACAUCAUACCAUGAGAUGCUGGAACGAGCUCACGCCAUUUGGUAUCAGAAGGCAAAUGCAGAGCAACACUGUCAAUUGUACAACCAGCAGGGUAAAGAGCAAUGUGGUAAAUCUUAUCGUGGUGAAUGCUUGUAUCGGAAGAAUUAUUGUUUUCGUUGUGUUAAGCAAGGACACGUUGCUAAGGAUUAUCCCAUAUUUACUAAGAAGAAAGAUGACAAUAGUGAUCAGAAUAAAAAGGAAAAAGCACGAGUUUUUACAAUGACUCAGAAGGAUGCUGAGGAGAACUCAAAUGUGAUAGCAGGAGCUACUCACUCUUUUGUAUCAACAUCUUUCAUUAAUAAAUCUAGUAUUAAUUGUGAUAAGUUAAAGAGUACACUAGAAGUUAGCAUCCCUUUAGGCAGAACAUUGAACACAUAUCAGUUCUCUAGGUCGGUGAAUCUUAAAAUUGAGGGAAAAACAUUUGAAUCUGAUUUGUGUCUGAUAGAGAUGAAAGACUUUGAUAAUAAAGAUCAAAUCCCAUCUCCAAGUAGCAUCGGCCUUAUAAGGCUGGAAAAUGUUGAGAAAAGAAACAUCUCAAGGGUUUCUAAAGAUCUACCUGGUAUUCCACCAGAUAGACAAGUGGAAUUCACAAUAGAUCUGGUUUCCCGAGCGGUACCAAUAUCUAAAGCUCCAUAUAGAAUGGCUCCAAAGGAACUUCACAAGUCAAAAAUUUAG